AUGCCUUCUGUGACAUUGCCUCGCAACAGCUGGUUCUUCGAAGACUGGCUUCACUUACCAGCCAACAACUCUAUUGUAGGCGAGCCACAAGACAUCCAAAUAACUCUUCUACAACUUCAUCUUGAGGUGUCACUCAUCAGGGAGGAAGUGAAUGCAGACCAACGCGAGCUCAGGGAAAGUCUGAGCCAAGAUAUGGAUGCCAUGAAUCGGAAGGUCGACAAUGUAAGGGCAUGUGUCUUGAAGAUGUCCCAUUUGGCAGAUGACCUCACAAACCAUUUUUAUUCCCUCCAACCGGCGUAUGUUAGGGCAUCGACUGAAAUUGCUAAGAUGAAGAAGAUGCUUGCUGUAACAAGUGUAUUUGGAGUGGUAGCUAUUGUGGAAGUGGUGGCAGCUUACAGGUGGUUCUCAUGA